UAAUUUAAAAUUGCCGGAUCUCACUCUAAGAACAACAGAAUAGGACAGAGAAACAACGUGUGUACAUGAUCUACAUUUUUGUUUGUCCACUCCUACAUUCAAUUCAUCUACCAAUCAACUUACACUGUAAAAUAAAAAAAUAAAAAAUAAAAUUAUAACAGUCUCAGAGAUUUCCCAGCACCGCCAGCAGAACACACAGAUUCAUUCAUUCAUACCUUUUUCUUUUUAAUAACACUUUUCCUUUUUUCCUUCUCAUUUUUAUUUAUAUAUCAUUACUGAAGCUAACUCAUUUUAUUGCUAUUUUCCGUUCCUCUCACUGUGAUACAUGAAAAAAACAUCAUCAUUGUUUUUUGGUCCCUCACAAAAUAAUUAAGGUUAUAGAUGGCAAAACCAAGUCAUGCUGAUAAUAGAACUAGAAGUUCUGUGCAGAUCUUUAUAGUAGUUGGUUUGUGCUGUUUCUUUUAUAUAUUGGGAGCAUGGCAAAGAAGUGGUUUCGGAAAAGGUGAUAGCAUAGCAUUAGAGAUUACAAAGCAUAAUGCAGAAUGUGAUGUAGUUCCGAAUUUAAGUUUUGAUUCACACCAUGCUGGAAAAGUUAGUCAAAUCAAUGAAGCUGAUUCGAAAACUAAGGCGUUUAAACCAUGCAAGGCUCGUUAUACCGAUUACACUCCUUGCCAAGAUCAACGGCGUGCAAUGACGUUUCCUAGAGAAAACAUGAACUAUAGAGAGAGACAUUGUCCACCAGAGGAAGAGAAGUUGCAUUGUAUGAUCCCGGCACCGAAAGGGUAUGUAACGCCUUUUCCGUGGCCUAAGAGUAGGGAUUAUGUUCCUUAUGCUAAUGCACCUUACAAGAGUCUCACAGUUGAGAAGGCUAUUCAGAAUUGGAUACAAUAUGAGGGGAAUGUGUUUAGAUUCCCUGGUGGUGGAACUCAAUUUCCUCAAGGUGCUGAUAAAUAUAUCGAUCAACUUGCAUCUGUUGUACCUAUCGAUGAUGGAACAGUGAGGACAGCGCUGGACACCGGUUGUGGGGUUGCUAGUUGGGGUGCGUAUCUCUGGAGCAGAAAUGUCGUUGCCAUGUCGUUUGCACCGAGGGACUCUCACGAAGCACAAGUUCAAUUUGCUCUUGAAAGGGGUGUACCUGCUGUUAUUGGUGUUUUAGGAACCAUAAAGUUGCCAUAUCCAUCUCGAGCCUUCGACAUGGCUCAUUGUUCUCGAUGUUUGAUUCCAUGGGGAGCAAAUGAUGGAAUGUAUAUGAUGGAAGUUGAUAGAGUUCUAAGGCCUGGUGGUUAUUGGGUGCUUUCUGGUCCUCCAAUCAAUUGGAAGGUUAACUACAAAGCAUGGCAGAGACCAAAGGAGGAACUCGAGGAAGAACAAAGAAAUAUUGAAGAGGUUGCUAAGAAACUUUGCUGGGAGAAGAAGUCUGAGAAUGCUGAAAUUGCCAUUUGGCAAAAGACUACUAACUCCGAAUCAUGCCGUAGCAGACAAGACGAUUCCAGUGUAGAAUUUUGCAAAUCCUCAGAUCCCGAUGAUGUUUGGUAUAAGAAAAUGGAGGCCUGCAUUACUCCGACUCCUAAAGUUUCCGAUGGUGAUCUUAAACCAUUUCCAAGCAGGCUAUAUGCCAUCCCUCCAAGAGUUUCUAGUGGCUCUAUUCCCGGAGUUUCUUCUGAGAAAUACCAGGAUGAUAACAAAACAUGGAAAAAACAUGUCAAUGCUUACAAGAAAAUUAACUCACUAUUGGAUUCCGGAAGAUAUCGCAACAUUAUGGAUAUGAAUGCUGGUUUGGGUAGUUUUGCUGCAGCUAUUCAUUCAUCAAAGUCAUGGGUCAUGAAUGUUGUGCCCACGAUAGCUGAGAAAAGUACUCUCGGUGUGAUCUAUGAGCGAGGACUGAUUGGCAUCUAUCAUGAUUGGUGUGAAGCAUUUUCCACAUAUCCAAGGACAUAUGACCUUAUUCAUGCCAAUGGUCUCUUUAGUCUGUACCAGGAUAAAUGCAACACAGAAGACAUUCUUCUCGAGAUGGACCGAAUUUUGCGACCAGAAGGCGCAGUAAUAAUCCGCGACGAAGUCGAUGUGUUAAUUAAGGUAAAGCAAUUAAUCAGUGGAAUGAGAUGGAAUAGUAAAUUGGUUGAUCAUGAAGAUGGUCCUCUUGUUCCUGAGAAGGUACUAAUUGCUGUUAAACAAUAUUGGGUUACUGAUGGAAAUUCCACAUCAACAGAAUAAUCACUGAGAAAAACAAGUUGAAAUUACAGUCCUAGCCUUAAACUGCCACUACCUUUUCUAUUAUACAAUAGUCAAAGAGUUCAAAUAGUUUGUCAAUGGAAUUUUGGCUUUAAUUCAUCAUCAAAACUGUGUUAGAGAGAGGGGUUGCUUCAGCUUUAUUCUACAAGUCAUUUUUUGGUAUUAAAUUUAAUUUACAGUGUAAAGAGUAGUAACCCCCUUCUCUCUGUUCCACUAUCUCUCUAAUAGUUUCUGUUCUGGACUGGACCAAGAUCAGUUUCUUAUUUAUUUAAAUGUUUUUGGUUUGUACCAAAAGAAAAAUAGUUAUGUUUGUAGCUACUUGAUUGGUCAAAUUGUAUUGGUGAUGAUAACUUUUCAACAUUUUGUAGACCCUAGGUUGCUAUUCUUCAUUUACACAUUUUUAACAAGACUGUUCAGUGAUUCAGCUUUGCCUUA